AUGGCUGCUGCAUGGGGAAUGUCUGAGGUAAGUGCGAGAAUGUUUGGUGAGAAUGAUGUUAUGGGGUAUGAUGAGAAUGUUAAUUUAAGAUAUUUGUAUGGACUAGAUAAAGGUAAGGAGACGUUUGAAUUUUGUAUGAAAGCGGGUUUGAUUGCGAAUAAAUAUGAGUGUUGUAAGUGUGGCAAGGACAUGAAAUUGGUUGAAAGGCAUGAUAUAAGUGAUGGUUUUGAAUGGAGGUGUAAAUCAAAGGUGAAAGGACAAAUGCAUGACGUCAAAAGGAGUGUGAGAAAGGGUUCUUUUUUUGAAUUGAGUAGAAUGACAUUGAAUGAGAUUUUAGUUCAGGUAUAUUUGUGGGUGACUCAGAGUAAGGUUGAUUUUAAUAUGAAAGAAAGUAAAUGUUCUUCUAAGACUGUGUGUGACUAUCGUUCUUAUUGUCGUGAGGUUUGUGUGGUAGAGAUGAUUGAAAGUAGUAUGAAAGUGGGUGGAAGCGGCGUGACUGUUGAGAUAGAUGAAAGUAAAUUUGGAAAACGUAAAUUUAAUCGGGGAAAACGUGUGGAAGGUAAAUGGGUGUUUGGGGGAGUUGAGCGCGAGACGGGCAAAUGUUUUAUGAAAGUUGUGGAUGAUAGGACGACUGAUUCUUUAUUAAGUGUUAUAAAUGAGUAUAUUCUUCCGGGUUCGAUAAUAAUUUCAGACUGCUGGAAGAGCUACGAUUGCCUUUCUAAUGAAGGCUUCGUGCAUCUGAAGGUUAACCAUAGUGUGAAUUUCAAGGACCCGGAUACAGGUGCCCACACUAAUACCAUUGAAGGAACGUGGGGGGCAGUAAAACGUGCUAUACCAGCUAGCAAAGCAAAAACACAGCUCGAUUACUAUCUAGCCGAGUAUGUGUGGCGCAAAAAAACAAGCACAUGUGUGACAAGUUCAUGGCCUUUGUCGACUCCAUCAUCCGCAUUUACCCUCCUCAAAGAGCCGACAAGGAGCCGGAAGACGGAACAUCGUCAUCAAAGUAAAGGCGGAGUGAGGUGGAAGGUAGUGAGGAGUCGAGCGAUAGCGGAUAAUAGGAGAGAGAGGGGAUUAGCUGGAAUAGUCACUAUUAUUCCUUUUCAUAAACACAGUCUCAUGAUUGCUGAGACUUUAAGAUUUCUUCCUGCUGAAGACUACAGAGAAAAGUUUGAAGAUUAUUUUAGUGAUGGUAUGGGACCUGCAAAAGCAGUCAAAUCCCACAAAGAAAUUCUGGAGAUGAAAUCAGAUUUCUGGUCAAGUGAUCUUGCAAACAGUAGGAUUAAUCUUGUUCAAAGAACAAUUGAAUAUUGGUAUGAAAAAUGGAGACUUCAUCUGGGAUCUUGA